CGAUUGAUUGCUGUGGAUUAUUGUGUGCGCGUUGAUAAGUGGUCUGUCUGCUGGGCGGUGCGCAAGCGCUGCUUGUUAAAUGUUUACCGGCGACGCGCGCUCAGUCAGUCACUAUCACUUCGCGGAGACGUCCGUACUCUGAGCUUCACAAAACAAAAUAUAACUCAGCUAACAUGGUGCUGGACAUCAAGUCAGUUCUGGUCGUGGACGGAGUGGGCGCCAACUGCGCAGAAAUCCUCAAAUCCCACGGCAUCAGCGUUACAACCAAAGCCAAGAUCACAAAGGAAGAACUGCUCAAAGAAAUACCGAACCAUGAGGCUUUGGUAGUAAGGUCGGCAUCCCAAGUGACGAAGGAAGUUCUGGCGGCGGGCACCAAGCUGAAGGUGGUGGGUCGCGCCGGCGCGGGCGUCGACAACAUCGACGUGCCAGCCGCAAGCCAGAAGGGAGUUGGUGUUAUCAAUGCCCCUGGAGCCAACGCGUUGAGCGCGUGCGAGCUGACAUGCGCCUUGACCCUAGCUUUGGCGCGGCACGUGGCGCCGGCCGCCUCUGCCCUGAAGGCCGGUCGCUGGGACCGCGCUCUCUACACCGGCUCAGAGGUCAACGGGAAGACCCUCGCCAUCCUCGGGCUUGGCAGAGUCGGCAGGGAAGUCGCAGUUAGGAUGCACUCGUUUGGCAUGAAGAUUAUCGGCUUCGACCCGUUCGUAUCAAGCGAGCAGUGCGCGGAGUUCCACGCCACUAAGAUGGAGCUGGAGCAGAUCUGGCCGCUGGCUGACUACAUCACGCUGCACACGCCGCUCAUCGACUCCACCAGGAACUUCAUCAACGCCAGCUCUCUGGGGAAAUGCAAGAAGGGCGUGAAAAUCGUGAACGUUGGUCGCGGGGGUCUCAUCAACGAGAGGGACCUUCUGGACGCCCUCAACUCGGGCCAGGUGGGAGCAGCUGCAUUGGACGUGUUCGAACAGGAGCCGCCCACUGAUCCCUUGACGCUGGAAAUUAUUCAGCAUGCAUCAGUCAUCGCCACCCCCCAUUUAGGUGCAUCCACCAAGGAGGCUCAAGUUCGUGUUGGCCAAGAGAUAGCCGAGCAGCUGGUGAACCUGGUGAAGCCUGGCACCUACUCCACGCCUCUGGCCGAAGUCACUAGGAUCCUCAAAAAAUGAACCAGUGACAAUCCUCCCUAGACUUUAAUUUAUGAUACGCUAAACGUCAUUUACGCCCGUAUUCACAAACGAUGCUUGCUUAAGUGAAGCAGCAAAUUGAACGCAAAGCGUUGAAUAGAGUUCUGUGAUUGGUUCGUGUGUCACCCUGUGUGAACAGAGUAAUGUUUGUUAACAGAGUAAAUAAUGUACCUCAUAGUAAUGUUUGUGAAUACGGGCGUUAAGAGCGAGGAUGUAUUUAAGCAAACUAAUUUAAGAUUCCUUAGUUACAUUAAUAAGGUAUCCAAUAUUGAUAGUCUGAUUAAGAUUUAUCUGAUUAUUC